GCCACGGCCGCCCUCGCAAACGAUCUGCAGUUUCUUCCACGCACAAAUCAUUUCUCCCCAGAGCGCACACGAACGAAACUCGCUCAUCCUUCGCCUCCUGCAGCCGAUCCGUAUUUAGUUUCCGUGCCCACCCAACCCAAGGAGAUCGAUCGAUGGGAAACUGCUGCCUCGAGAGGCCUCGCCGCGGUGGCGGCGGCAGUGCCGGCGCCGUGCAUUACGCCAGGACGAACCCCGUGUGGGUGGAGGAGGAAGUGAGGGGUAGGAAGGAGGAGGAGGUGGCGCGCAAGCAGGGCGAGGGCGCGCCGGCGGCAACCACGGAGGUGAAGAUCAGGAUCACACGGAAGCAGCUGGAGGAGCUGCUGCGGCGCGUAGAGGGCGGCAAGCACGCCGGCGCCGGCGGCGCGCCCGUCCAGGAGGUCAUCUCCGAGCUCCUGUCCGUAGUCAACACCAGCUCCAGCUUCCGGCACAGGGAGGAGGGGCAGUGGCGGCCGUCUCUGCAGACCAUACCCGAGUCCGAGUGAGAUCCAAUUCAUGGUGCUCGUCGUUGUUAGCAUGUUCGGCGAUGACCGUGGUAUUUUUACCCAGAGUUGAGUUUUGUGCAGUUGAAUAGUUGAUGGUCGUGCUAUUUACGAUACGCAUGGUGGUUGCCUCUGUGUAGGGUGUAGUCUUUUCUAGGAUUGUGGGAUUAAGAACAGAGGACGCAUAGGCUAUGUAGGGUGGGAGACUAGAUGAGCAUCUGUUCUUAGUUUAAUUUAUACUAGUAUAUGUUGUAGAUAAUUGGGAGAUUAUUUGUAUGUAGUUAAUUCCAUUGGGCAACAUAUUUUGGAGUUGUAAAACUAUGUACUAUAUACCCAUUCUGAAAUAAUGUUGGUCUAGUUGUGCCCUAAGUCAA